GAAGAGCAGAGAAAGAAACGUAUCCCAGUUGUAAGAUGAGUGAACUGCUCAACAAGAUGUGGAAGGCGCUUCUCAAGGAAACCAAGAAGGAAAACCUGAAGCCUGGAGAUCACAUCUACACAAGGACAGGAGCCAAUACAGAAGACCAUGGAAUAUAUUUGAACAGUGGAUGUGUGAUUCACUUCACUCAAGGUCGACGAGGAGCAACGUCAGACGAUCGUCAUAGUAUAUGUCCAAAUUGCAGUGACCAUGGUGCGGUCACUUCCUGCAUAGAUUGUUUCCUUUCUGGUCGAGAUCAUCUGUAUCUCUUUGAAUAUGGUGUUAAUGCAGCUUGCAUCCUCACCAAGCUCGCAGGAGGUGCAACUCUUGCACCUGCUGAUCCAUCUCCACUUGUGAACAACCGUGCGUCUAGUUUCCUAGUAAUUAAUAGCAAUGACUCCAGUAGCUAUUACCGUUUCAUAAACAAUGGUAAAGACUUUGCAAUUUACUGCAAAACGGGCUUGCUAGUGAUAGAUAACAUAAAUUUCAGCAGAAGUCGGCAAGCUGCAACUUUUUUCUUUGCUGUUACUGUCACUUUCUUUCUUUUUCUGCAGCAAACAACGGCUGCAACUUUUACUGGUGCGGCAGCUACAUGUUUUUGCUUAUACUGUAUUUAUAGAUUUGGUUCUGAUAUCGGAGCCCGUCCUAAUGUUAUUAAAGUGGAUCAAGUAGAGACAUUGCCUCAUGCUGCUGAGGAAUUGUCUUCUGCUGCGUCGGGUUUCAGACCUAUUCAAUCCUUAAUUGACCUGUUCAUAGUAUUGCUGAUGACUCUUUUCAAUAUUCCGUUACUAUUAACAGCACGAACGUGGUCGGAGCCGCGUCAACUGUUGUCUGAGACUCCUGGAGUGGUCUGGAUUCUAGCAUGUAUCGUACUUUUCUACCUAGCAAUAUUACAAAAAAGGUUGCUUUCGAACAAGAUACAUAAAAAGCAGCUGAAGCCUGGAGAUCACAUCUACGCAUGGAGGGGCUUCUCCCGUAGAGCCCAUGCCCAUCAUGGCAUAUAUGUCGGUGACAUUCACGGAAGCAGACAGAAAGAAGUGAUCCACCUUGUUCGUGCAGGAGACCCGAUUUUACCCAGCUCCUCCGCCACCAGUAAUCAAGCAGAGAGAACUCAAGGAGACCCUAUUUUACCCAGCUCCUCCGCCACCAGUAAUCAAGCAGAGAGAACUCAUGUGAAUUAUUGCAGCCUAGAAGAUUUUCUUAAGGGUGAUGAACUCUGUCUCCAUAAAUAUGGCGUUAGUCUUGCUUUCUUUAUAGCCAAAACUUGGGGAGGGACCUGUGCCCUUGGCGCUGCCGAUCCUCCUAGAAUGGUCUUGUACCGUGCCAGGCGUGCCUGCCAAAGGCUUCAAGGCUACGAUGCAUACAACCUUAUCAACAACAACUGUGAAGACUUUGCAAUACACUGCAAAACAGGGUUGCCUUUGAGAACAGGAAGUAUUCAAUGUGGCAGGAGCGGGCAGAUAGCAUUUUUCUUUGGGUUGGUUUGUGCUGGCAUCAUUUUCUUACUUAAAUUCAAGAUUCGUGCGGCUGCUGCAUUUUAUUACAUCUUCUCUAUGUUUAGAUUUUUGGCUGAUGCUACACAUUGUCUGAGAGCUUAUCAAGUUGAACUUCAGAUGGUGCAACCUUGGAGACGUCAUGGUCGACGUUUUUGGCCAGACCCUCAAUUCAAGUCUCUUGAAGGCAAGAAAUUACUAUUCUAAAAGAGAAUCAAAGCAAGUAAAAUCAUGGAUUAAUUUAUGAUUUAUGUAGGAUUUAU